AUGACUCUACCUGGAAAGGUGAUCCGAAUCAACGAAAAUGCCACCAUAAGGCUUAUGCCCACAAAUCAUCUUCCACCACGCCUGAAACGCCUUCUGCAGCGUCAGCAGGACUCCAACAUUUCUGAGCGCUCUGACUCGGCACUCCCACCCGUAGAGGAGCCAGCCUCAAGCGCAGCAAUAAGUCAGGCUGAACCAAACAUACCUGCUAUAACACAGUCGCCUUCCCAUCGGAAGAGAAAGACCCGGAGGAGUAGAGAGAAGGAGAACAAUAUUGCAUCACCCAUCGCCUUAAAACGCCGUCACCGUAUUCGCGCAAGGCUUGACCAUGGUACAGCCUCCACCACACAUACUACUAUCGAUUAG